CCCCUUCCUUAGAGGAGGCGCUUCGCUUUCGCUAUAAUCACGUGACGGCCACAUCCGGGCCUUUUGCCUUCUCUCCCUCUUCCCAACAUGGCGGCCUCAGCUAAGAAGAAGAACAAGAAGGGGAAGACCCUGACUCUGACGGACUUUCUGGCAGAUGAGAGCGGUGGUGGUCCCACCUUUGUUCCAAAACCAGUCAGCUGGGCAGAUGAGACAGACGACCUGGAAGGAGAUGUUUCUACCACCUGGCAUAGCAAUGAUGACGAUGUGUACCGAGCCCCUCCGAUUGACCGUUCCAUCCUGCCCACUGCACCUCGGGCAGCUCGGGAGCCCAAUAUUGACAGAAGCCGUCUCCCAAAGUCACCCCCCUACACUGCCUUUCUGGGAAACUUGCCCUAUGAUGUAACAGAAGAGUCUAUCAAGGAGUUUUUCAGAGGACUUAAUAUAAGUGCUGUUCGUUUGCCACGAGAGCCUACUAACCCAGAGAGGUUGAAAGGAUUUGGAUAUGCUGAGUUCGAAGACCUGGACUCCUUGCUCCGCGCUUUGAGCCUCAACGAAGAGUCUCUAGGGAACAGGAGAAUACGAGUGGAUGUAGCUGAUCAAGCUCAGGAUAAAGACAGGGACGACCGCUCUUUUGGUAGAGAUCGUGAUCGCAACCGGGAUUCGGAGAGAUUCGAGACUGACUGGAGGGCUCGUCCUGCUACGGAUAGCUUUGAUGACUACCCUCCCCGCAGGAGCGAGGAUAGCUUUGGUGAUAGAUAUCGGGACCGUGACCGUGAUCGUUAUGAUUCGGACCGGUACCGUGAUGGUCCACGAAGAGACAUGGACCGUUUUGGGGGCAGAGAUCGUUACGAUGACCGUAGCAGAGACUACGAUAGAGGAGGUUUUGACUCAAGGUCAGGCAGUGGCAGGAGAGCCUUUGGCAGUGGAUACCGUCGAGAUGACGAUUUUAGGGGUGGCGGUGAUCGUUAUGAGGACCGUUACGAGAGGAGAGAUGACCGGAUGGAUAGGUGGAGCUCCUCACGUGAUGAUUAUAACAGGGAGGACAGCCGGCGGGAUGAUAAAGGUCCCACUCAGAGGCCUAAAUUGGUCCUGAAGCCCAGAAGCACCCCUAAGGAUGAAGAUGCACCCGUAGCUCCCACUACUCAGUCUAGCCGUGCAGCCUCCAUCUUUGGAGGAGCCAAGCCUGUGGACACAGCAGCAAGGGAGCGUGAAGUAGAAGAGAGGCUACAGAAGGAGCAGGAGAAGCUGCAACGUCAGCUGGAGGAUGAUAAACCCAGGCUAGAGCGACGACCCCGAGAGCGGCACCCUAGCUGGCGUAGUGAAGAGAAUCAAGAGCGAUCGCGGACAGGGAGCGAGUCUUCGCAAACUGGCAGUACAACCCCGUCUGUGGGAACAGGCCCAACAGGAAGAACCUCACGAAGGAGAGAGAGCGAAAAAUCCUUGGAGAACGAAAGUGUCAGCAAAGAGGAGGAAGGCCUGUCUCCCACCUCCAAGUCUCCCCGGGAAGAGAAGCUUCCCCUGAAAGUGAUGCCAGCUCCUCCCCCAAAAGAGAAUGCCUGGGUGAAGCGCAGCAGCAACUCCCACCCGCCACGCUCACAAAGCGCAGAUUCGGAUCAGCAUUCCCCUACAAGUGGCAGCCAGGCCGUGCCAUCCCUACAAUCAGAAGAUGGAAUAUCCCCCAAGAACACCCCAAGAAAUGGAGAUGAAAACAGUCCUGAUGGGGGGAAAGAGAGUGGUCCGAAAAUCCGAAGUGGGAGCUCUGGCCGUGGUCCCGGAGAUGGAGGCAGCAGAGAGCAUUGGCAAGAUUCGGAUAGAAAUGAAAGCAAGGAUUCUGACUCGAGAUCUGCAUCUGAGCCAAAGAUGUUCGAAGAGGACCCUGCCCCGAAAUUUAGCUAUGCUAGCAAGUAUGCUGCUUUGUCGGUGGAUGGUGACGAUGAAGCCGAGGGAGACGAAUACGCCGACUAAAUUCUUCAGCCCCUCUACGCCGUCUCCUAACUGGUUGCCACCCAGGAACAUUCGGAGAGCAAAACCAAACCUUUAUUCAGACAAGACAGGAAAAAAAAAAUAAAAGCCUACAAGUCAACAUCUCCUUGGAGAGACUUUUCUUAAACCUUUCUUUUAAAAACAAAAGAAAUCAAAAAAUUGAUAGUUUCUCUUGCAUGCUGCUGCAGCCUUUGAAGUAUUGAACUAACUGGAGAAAUCCCUGCAAAAAAAACACAAAACAAAAAAGGAAGUGUAGCAGGAGAGAAAAACAGCUGACGCCUUUUAAACAAAAAGGAAAUAGGCCCAAUGUGUGUGUGUGUUUGUCUCGGGUGUGACUUCACGCAGCUUCUGAUCAUGUUAAAAGAUCCCCGAGUUUCUUCCAGUUCAGAGUGCAGGUUAGUUUUCUUUUUAGCGGGCCGGCUGCUUGUGAGUGAGCAGACUGGGGAAGUGGGCAGCCAAGAAACGUCUCUUCUGUCCCCUUCUUUUGCAACCUGGCUGACUUCUGCAAUGUUAAUCCGAAGCAAUCAUCUUGAAAGCAUUUUGUGCACUAGGAAAGGGGGGGGGGGGACAACCUGUCUUAAUGACCUGGGGGAAGGGAGGGAGACAGCUCUCAAGAUUGAGAGGUUGCAACCCUGCAUGAGUAAUCGCUGAGUUUAGUUGCUAGGCUUUGCCCCUUUUACCAGGAGAGGAGAUUCUUCAUAUUGUCCACACUUGUGUUCAAAUUCCAGCUGCAGUGUUGGGAAUACUAAAGCUGAGCAGCGCAGUUUUGCUACUAAAUAUGCCCCUUUUGGAAGCUUGGUUCCCGUCUUUGCGGCUCUAGCAAAGAGGCUGCCAAUAACCACCUGUAUGCAGAGAGCUGCUUUCCACAUAAUUUGACCAAAAGACGUGGAAAUUUCCCAGAUGAGUUGGCGAGAAUUUGUCAUUGGUCGAACUUCUAUUAAAAGCCGCUUUCCUGUGCUACCAGCUCUCCGUUCAGAACCAGUUUUCAGUGGCUUCCCUGCAAGGGGGUUCUCUGUAGGAAACGAGUCAUUGAGCUUCAGGAAAACCCAAGAGUUGAAAGAGCAGAUUUCUGGUAGUCAGCAAUUCCUCUUUGCAUUAUUGAGGUAUUCUGCUAUGCAAAUUUUAAAGAGCACCCUGUUAUCUUUGGGCACUGUUACAGCUAGCAGAGGUCUGGCCGGGCUUCUUUCACGGUGGCUUCAUGGGAGCUGUUCCUCUUUCUGCCUACAUUUUAGUCAAGCAGAUGCACAGUAUGGCUGACAGAUAUAUCUCAGCCCUCAAGUAAAUAGGACGACUUUUAAAGCCCCCUCCCCCUGGGUUUUUGCUGAAGGACUGUCUCCAUCCCUAGCGUUCUCGCCGGUCAACAAACUCCUAGGGGCCGGAUUCUGUUUCAUUUUCUGCUCUUGCACUCUUGUUCUUUUUCUCUUCCCUCUUGAGGGCUGGGUAAGGCUGUGGGAAUUCUUUCACGGUGGCACAGAAGUAGCACAAGUUUUUCAAAACAACCAGUCCUCAGAACAGGGACAGAUGCUGAGUUAAUUGGCUAGAAUGGGUGGACUUCCUUCACUAGGGUUGCACCUGUACGUGCUCACCGAGAAGCUCUUUCACAUAGUUGGGGAGGAUGUCACAGUCCCAGUCUGUUCUUGAAACAAGCCUGGCUCCAUCAGGUGCUGUAUUUGGCAGGUUGGGAAGCUGCAAUGGCUAGUGUCUUUAUAUCAGUAAUUUUUAGCUACAGCUUAAAUUGGUCCCUCAAAAGUGAAAUAGUGUUGGUGUAUCCAAGGGGCAGGACAUAGGAACUGAACGGAAGAAGGGGGAGCUUGCUGAGAACAGAGAUGGAUUUGAAAUGCAACAUUGCUAUGACAUGCAGAGGGGUUAUAUUUGAGAUAGUGAAUUGCUAAUUUGCAUCCCCCCACCCCGAAGAAAAUUCUCUUCUCCCGUUCCCCUCUUGCGUGCACGCUCUCUCUGCUAUCAGAACAGGUUCACGAACGGAUUGAGUUGCAUUUUACACAUUCUGAAGACAUGUAAAAUUUGUACAAAAUAUCUUCUAUGAAAAUGAUUUGUAAUCUGUGUGGACUUCCUGGGAGAUGUCUUUUAUUAUGUAAAAUUCCUUCCCCUGCCCCCUUGGUUUUUUUCCCCUCCAAAUAAAACUAAUCUUUAAAAUAU